AUGAUGAAAAUUUUAUUAAGUUUUCAAAAUAGAAUAUAGCUAGAUUAAAACCUACCCAAUAUCUUCAUCUUCUUCCACAAGGUUUAAAAUAGUGGACAAAGAGUAUCUUGUAUUGUUAAUAAUUAAAUUAAAAAAAAAAAUCAAAACACAGAAUUUCAAUUAAAAAUUGAAUUAAAAUACAACACUAAAAAAAUUGUUGAAAGAAAAAAAAACUAGUUGCUUUUAUCAAUAAAUUCAACAAAAUGUCCUACCUUUACUAAUCUCCUCUGUCACAUGAUGAAAAUCGACAACGUUCUAAUUCAUACUCAUAAUCCUCUUCAACUUAUUAAAUUUUUAAUGAAGAUAGAUCCUCUUGUUAAAAGAACUCUGAAACCUCGAAAAAUAAUAAGUCUGUUUCCAACAUUAUUAUAACAAAUUUUCAAAAUAGCAAACCUUCACAAAUCAAUAAAAAUGUCUUUUCAAUUUACUAAAAAAUGGAAGAUUAAGAAAUGA